AUGGGGAACUGCACAGAAGUGACAGAGUUUGUCCUCCAAGGGUUAACUGACUCCCCAGAGCUGCAGACCCCUCUCUUUAUCGUGUUUACUCUCAUUUACCUCAUCAAUGUGGCUGGAAACCUAGGAAUGGUUGUGCUGAUCCUGCUGGACCCUCGUCUGCACACCCCCAUGUACUUCUUCCUUAGUAACCUGUCCCUGGUGGAUGUUGGUUACUCCUCAGCCAUCACUCCCACAGUCAUGGCUGAGCUCCUCACAGGAAACAAGGUCGUCUCCUACAAUGCCUGUGCUGCUCAGAUGUUCUUUUUUGUAGCCUUUGCCACUGUGGAAAAUUACCUCUUGGCCUCCAUGGCCUACGACCGCUAUACAGCAGUGUGCAAGCCCCUGCACUACACCUCCACCAUGACCACAGGUGUGUGUGAUUGUCUGGCCACAGCCUCCUACAUCUGUGGUUUCCUGAAUGCCAUUUUUCACAUCGGGGAAAUAUUCAGUCUCUCAUUUGGUAUAUCCAAUGUGGUCCAUCACUUUUUCUGUGAUAUUCCAGCAGUCGUGGCUCUGUCUUGCUCUGAUACACAUAUCAGUGAAACCAUUCUGGUUUUUAUGUCAAGCUUUAAUGUCUUUUUUGCUCUUCUGGUUAUCUUGACCUCCUUUUUCAUAUUUAUCACCGUCUUGAAAAUGCAUUCAGAUCAGGGACACCAGAGGGCUCUGUCCACCUGUGCCUCUCAGCUCACCACAGUCUCCAUCUUCUAUGGGACGGCCAUCUUCAUGUACCUGCAGCCCAGCUCCAGUCACUCCAUGGACACUGACAAAAUGGCGUCCGUGUUCUACACCAUGGUGAUCCCCAUGCUGAACCCACUGGUCUACAGCCUGAGGAACAAGGAGGUCAAGAGGGCGUUCAAGAAGCUGAUUGAGAAAGCAACAAUUUCUACAUAA